AUGACGGUUGAAGAAAUAAGAGUCCGCAAAGUACAUCCAAAUGCCAGAAUCCCGAGGAGACAAUCUGAGGGUGCAGCUGGAUACGAUCUACAUUCGGUAGAGUCUGGGGUGAUCCCUCCUGGAGAGAGAAGGUCCAUACGAACAGGAUUGGUAUGGGACAUUCCCAAGUCAAUUGUCGGGCUAGUGUUUGGAAGGUCAGGGCUUGCUCUGAAGAACUGGAUAGAGGUGGCAGAAACAUGUGUGCGUCCUGGAGAGGGCAAGGAGCUUGAGAUUACUCUCAUCAACAAUGGAAAGGAGGAGUUUGUGUACGAAGAGUCCUGCCGUAUAGCCCAGCUUGUAUUUGUUCCCGUGCUGAGCUGUGAGGUGAGCUUUGUAGAGUCUUUAGAUUCCACAGAGAGAGGAAGCCUUGGAUUUGGAUCGACAGGACUAAAAUAA